GUACAUGUUCCCAUCUCUUUCUCUGACCUUUCUCAAAUUGAAAAACGCCUAGGCUCCUUUUUCUCUGAUCCCGAUGUUUAUAUCAAAGAAUUUCGCUACCUUACUCAGUCUUAUGAUAUGACCUGGCGAGAUAUUUAUACAAUUCUUUCAACUACUCUCUCCCCAGAGGAACGCCAGAGGGUCUGGAGGGCAGCCCAGGCAGCAGCGGAUGAUUUUCAUGCCAGAGAUCCAACUAAACUGGUGGGCAUCCAGGCAGUGCCAGAUACUCAACCUGAUUGGACUUACCAGGAUGGAGACCCAGGCAGAGAUCUCCGAGACUACAUGAUUGUUUGUCUCGGAGAAGGCUUAAAGAGAAUUUCACAAAAGACAGUUAAUUUUGAUAAAAUUAGGGAAAUAACUCAGGGACCCCAAGAAAAUCCAGCACAGUUUCUUUCUAAGUUGGCUAAUGCUCUUCAAAAAUAUGCCAAAAUUGAUCCCACCUCUCAGGCAGGCACGAUUGUUAUUAACACCCAUUUUAUUUCACAGUCUGCCCCUGACAUCAGGAGAAAACUAAAAAGGGUUGAGGAGGGCCCCCAGGCCACACAAACUGAGCUCCUCAAUGUUGCUUUUAAGGUGUUCAGUCACCGUGAGGAACAAGCAAAACAACAAAAAGUGGCCAAUUACCAGAUGCUGGCAGCAGCCCAACAGGUCAGCAGGUGUGGAGACGUCUCUGUCAGAGCUCAUCGGCCUGGCGACGGAGGAUUGGUGGUGCGCAGGGUCAUCUGCAGCCCCCACGGCCAUCACUCUCAAUGAGCCCAGGGUAACUGU